CGGGCUCGGGCUCGGGCUCGGGCUCGGGCUCGGGCUCGGGCUUGGCUUGGCUUGGCUCGGCUCUGCGCAGGCUGCUUCCCCCUCGCUGGCUGGCCUUGUGGGGAGCUGAGCUGCUGCUUUCCCUGGGUGCCUGGGUGGGUUAGUUUGUGCCUGGUUUUGUCCUGAGGCCACCUUGUAUCCUGGGAGUGCUGAGCAUGUGCUGGGCCAGCGGGGGCUGGUGCUGCUGCUGCUGCUGCCGGGCUUUUAGCCUCUGUGACUGUAGUUGGAAGUGAGAAGUGUGACUUUGCUCUUUGGGUGAAGCCGUUGAGAUUUGGGUGCUCUAGAGGCCUUUGCUGCUCCUUGGCCCUGGGGCUGGUCAGGGCCCCCUCUCAUGUGCUGGAAAAGUGGCACUACCUGUUUCUUGUGUACUGUUGGAAGCUGAGGUGUGUGAUGGAAUGGAUGCUGUUUGGAAUGGGAAAGAGAAGAGGUUCCUCUGAGAUGGCAGAGCUGUUUCUGCAAGUGUAGACAACCAUAGUGACAGCACUGAAUAUGCAAAAACAUGAAGACACAGCUGGGCCUGGUCAUAACACUAAGCCUAAAGAGAAGAAUCAUGGAUUACUAUGGGAAGUAUGCAGCUGUCACUUUGGCCAUUUUGUCUGUAUUUCUGCAUCUUCUUCAUUCUUUCCCAGAUGGAGAGUUCCUCAUGCAGGGUUGUCCAGAGUGCAAGCUGGGAGAGAACAGAUUCUUCUCAAAGCCAGGAGCACCCAUUUACCAGUGCACUGGAUGUUGUUUCUCACGGGCCUAUCCCACUCCAAUGAGGUCAAAGAAGACAAUGCUGGUUCCUAAGAACAUUACGUCAGAAGCAACGUGCUGUGUAGCAAAGGCUUUUACAAAGAUUACCCUUAAGGACAAUGUGAAGAUAGAGAACCAUACAGAUUGUCACUGCAGUACCUGCUACUAUCAUAAAUCCUAAAGCUGUCCCUUUGUUAAUGAUCAAGGAUAACGGUGAAUGGAAUAUUUGUUUUUCGGCUUCUAUAGCACUACUGUGUAAAAUCUUACAUUUUCUGGUCAAGACAUUAAGUAGACCUUCCAAUAAGAUGGAUGGCUGUUUUAUUUUCUCUUUGCUUCUUCAUGCAUUUAAGUAAGCUUGAUUAUUUCCAUUAGGGAUAAAAUACAGCACUUGCAUGACAACCACAGGCUUGAUCUAUUUUUAAAAUAAAUUGUCAGUUAAAUCAUCAA